AUGGCUGCAAGAACAGUGUUGUCAAAAAACUGUCUAAAGUCAUCCUCAUUUAUACAAAUUAUUCCGAAAAGUACUGUAUUAAACAAUAAAACUGUUCAUGUCACUGGCUGUCAGGCAGCCCGACAAGCAACAACGAGCAGCAUCGCCGAUAACUUAACAAUUGCAAAACCUCGCCUUCUUUCGCCUUCCGUACUAAGUAGACUCGCACAGAAAAGUGCAAAACCUGCCACGCUUGUAAAUUUCACUUCAACUGAGGGCAAGAGAUUGUUCCGAGGAGCCAUGGUGCAGGGUCAUGCCGAAAGCUUUUUCAAACUGAUGGGCAACUUUUCAAAUCAGUCAUCACCAUCUUAUGGCGGUGUGAGCACUUUGGCUAUGGUAUUAAAUGCUUUAGAAAUUGACCCCAAACGCACUUGGAAAGGAAAUUGGCGCUGGUUUUCUUCUGAGCAAAUGAAAACUUGUUCCCCAGCUGAGCUUAUUCAAGAACGUGGUAUCCCUUUUGAUGAAUUUAUCUGUUUGGCGCAGACACAUUGUAAAGUAGAACCACAUCGAGGUGUGAGCUAUCAACAAUUCCUGACGGAUGUAGGAAAUGUGACGUCUGAUGCAACUAAGCAAAUGGUGGUGAACUACUCGAGAGCGAUCCUUGGACAGCGGGGAGAAAUUGGAAACUUUAGUCCCAUCGGUGGUUAUAAUAGAAAAGAAAACCAAAUUCUCAUUAUGGAUGUUGCCCUUGGUAAAUACCCUAGCGUAUGGGUGGACGCAAAAGAUCUUUAUAGAGCGAUGAUGGCAACUAGCUUGGAAGAAAAUGGCCGUAGCCGUGGUUACUUUGUUCUUAGUGGUUAUGAUGAGCAAACCAGAGCACUCCUAGAUAAAGCUGCUUUAAUGUCUUCAAUGAGGCUGACUUGUAAAGAGUGCUCCCGUAACUGUCAUUCUAGAGCUUAA